AUGCUUGAUUGGUUCUUUGUUUCUUUUUACUUUCCUACUGUUUUUCUUUUUCCUUUUCGCCCGUUUUUCCUUCUCUUCACUUUUCUACCUUCUCUUUUUUCUUUUUAUUUUGCUUGUUUCCUUUUUUCUUUUUUUUUCUUAUUCUUCUCUGUUGCUUCCUUUCUUUUCUUCUUUCAUUUUUCAUUAUUUUUCUCUUUUUACCAUAGAUUUUCCUUUCUUUCUUUCUUUCUUUCUUUCUUUCUUCCUUUCUUUCUUUGCAGAUUGAUUAAUUUCGUUUUUCUUCUUUCUUUCUUUGAUAUUUAUUUUUUUUAUGUUUCUCUAUUUCCUUCGCCACUGUCUGGCUUCUUUCUUGCUUGUCCACUUUUUCUCUCUUUUUCUAAUUCUUUGUUGCUUUCUUUAUUUUCUUUCCUGCUUUUCUUUCUUGAUUUUUUUCUUUUUUCUUUCUUCAUUUCCUGUUUCCGUUUCUUCGUUUCUUCUUUAAUCCUUAUAUCUAUAUGUUUCUUUUCUUCUCAAUUUUGUUCUCUCUCUAUCUUGUUGCUUUCUUUUUCUUUCUAUCUUUUCUACUUUUUUUUUUCGUAUUUUCUCCUCCUUGGCAUUUUAAGAUUAUUUCUGUCUUUCUUUGUAUCUUUCUUUGUUUUCAGAUUCUUUCUUUUACAUUACCUUUCUAUUUCUUUAUUUGUUUUUCUCUUUCAGAUUCCACUUGUGAUUUAUUCUUUACGGUUACCUUGUAGUUCUUUCUUUCUAUUUUCUUUUUUUCUUUCUUUCUUUCUUUCUUUCUUUCUUUCUUUCUUGUGGCAUUGGUUUGUGUUAUUUCUUGUAUUUUCUUGUGCUUCCUUUUCUUCUUUUCUCCUUUCUUUUUCGUUGUUUGUUUUUCAAUGUUUUUUUUCUUACUUCGUUUCUUCUUUUCAUCUUUCAUUAUUUGUUGGCUUCAUUUUAUUCUACUUUUCUUUCUUUUCUAUUUUUUACUGUCUGAUUUAUUUUUUACUUUCUUUCUUUCUUUUUAGCUACCUUUUUUUCCUUUCGUGUUUUUUUCUUUUUUUUUAA